AGCUGCUCAGCUCUUGAUGAUGAUGCGCUCCGCAAUCAUGCGCUCGGCGCUGUGCCUAGCGGUCGCGUCGGCGCUCGUGCAGCCGCGCGGCCCCGGCGUGCGGCCCCUGAAGAACGCCGGGGCCGCGCGGCCCCUGAAGACGCGCCGCGUCGACGCGCCGCCGACGAUCGUGAGCGCCAAGGGCGACCUCGAGGGCGACGCCAAGGUCGGCUCGAGCGGCUUCCGCCAGCUCGUGGGCUUCCGCGGCGCCGCGGACACGGAGGACGAGCCGCUCUGGAAGAUCCGGGUCCAGCUCACGAAGCCCGGGACCUGGGUGCCCCUCAUCUGGGGCGUCGCCUGCGGCGCGGCGGCGUCGGGCAACUACCGGUGGCCGCUGCUCGGCGGCGCGAGCCUCGCGGAGGGCGGCGAGGACCUGGCCAAGGCCCUGACGUGCAUGGUCCUCAGCGGACCCUGCCUCACGGGCUUCUGCCAGACCAUCAACGACUGGUACGACCGCGACCUCGACGCGAUCAACGAGCCCUACCGGCCGAUCCCGUCGGGCCGCAUUACCGAGGAGGAGGUCUUCCAGCAGGUCUACGCCCUCUUGUUUGGCGGCCUGGCCCUCGCCUUUGGCUGCGACGCCUGGGCGGGCCACGACGUCCUGGGCAACCCGCUCAACUCCAUCGGCCUCAUCGCGUGCUUCGGCGCCGUCGUGUCCUACCUCUACUCGGCGCCGCCCUUCAAGCUCAAGGCCGAGGGCUGGCGCGGGUCCUUCGCGCUGGGCGCGUCCUACAUCGCGCUGCCCUGGUGGUGCGGCCAGGCCAUGUUCGGCGAGGUCGGCGCGGGCGCCGCGGGCGGCGAAUUGACGCCCGACGUCGUCGUGCUGACGGUGCUCUACUCCUUCGCGGGGCUGGGCAUCGCCAUCGUCAACGACUUCAAGUCCAUCGAGGGCGACCGCGAGCUCGGCCUCAAGUCCCUGCCCGUGGCCUUCGGCAUCGACGGCGCCAAGUACAUCUGCGCGGGCAUGAUCGACGUCACGCAGAUCUCGGUGGCGGCGUACCUCGCGUACAUCGGCGAGACGACCUACGCCUUGAUCCUCGGCGGGCUCAUCGCGCCCCAGAUCUGGGCCCAGACCCAGUACCUCCUCAAGGACCCCGUCAAGUACGACGUCAAGUACCAGGGCACGGCCCAGCCGUUCCUCGUCUUCGGCAUCCUCACGACCGCGCUCGCCGUUUCUCAUCAUGGAGGCGCGCUCGCGGGCCUCGCCUAGGGGCCGGGGCUGCUAAGGAGCCGGGCAUGU